AUGGCCACUGGCAGCACACCGGAAUGGACUCAUGCGUUACCAACAUCACUAUUCGACGGAUUACUAUCCAAACUCGCUAUUGUGCUUGAGCUCACCCAGAAGGCAGAUGGGACAGCAACUCCUGUAGCCAAACAAGCACUGCUACAAGCGACGAACGAUUUCAAAUAUACACUUGCUCAGGCAAAAGAUUAUGCAAGCACAUUAGCGGGAGGUGACCUCUUGGUUGAGGAACAGGACAGUGUAGUGGCAAUGCUCGAGAUACUGAAACAGCACAAGCAGCAGCAAUUAUUACAGUUCGCAUUGGAGGUUGGGUCUUUGUCCACCAUAGCAAUCCCCAAUGUCAGUUCAAAGAUGGAGAUCGAUUCUACUGCUUCCACUCCAUUUGCUUCUGGUGGUCAAUUCUGA